AUGCAGACGCUCUCUCGCCAUCGCCAUGGCCGCCUCAUCCCCAAGUUCUCGUCCUUCUCCACCGCUACCACAUCCAAUGCCCCGCCUCCACCUCCCGUUCCUACCUCCGAUGCCACCUCCCGCAUCUCCUCGCUCGGCGACCACGACCCGGGCGCGCUCGCGCCCGACGAUGCCAUCGUGGCGCUCUCCUCCGUCGCCGAUUCCGAUGGCUCCGCGGCGGCACUCGCGCUCUUCCGCCGCCUGGCGUCCCGCUCAGACGUGCGCCAGCUCAUGCGCCUCUACGUCACCGCCGCGACCACCUUCGUCGCGAGGAGCAGCCUCCCCAUGGCGCACGAGGCCAUGCGCCGGAUGGUCGCCGCCUUCGGCGAGGCAGGUCGGCUCCCGGAGGCCGCGGACAUGGUCUUCGAGAUGCGCAGCCACGGUCUGCCAUUCUGCGUCGAAACAGCCAACUGGAUCCUCACAGCUGGGCUAGACACCGGGAACUUUGUCUAUGCGCGCAAGGUGUUCAAUGGAAUGGUGACGCGCGGCGGGGUGUGCCCCGACGCUCGCAGCUUCCGGGCGCUGGUCUUGGGGUGCUGCAGGGGAGGCCAGGUGGAGGAGGUGGACGCCUUGCUGACAGCAAUGUGGGAGCAGGGGUUCUGCCUGGACAAUGCGACAUGCACGGUGCUCGUGCGGACCUUCUGCAAGAAGGGGCGAUUCAGGGAUGUGUCCGAGUUCUUCAGGAGGAUGCUGGAGAUGGGAACACCACCCAAUGUGGUCAAUUACACCGCGUGGAUUGAUGGUCUGUGUAAAAAAGGACACGUCAAGCAGGCGUUCCAUGUACUGGAGGAGAUGGUCAGAAAAGGGUUGAAGCCGAAUGUGUACACACACACGUCGUUGAUUGACGGGCUCUGUAAGAUUGGGUGGACGGAGAGGGCGUUCCGGCUUUUCUUGAAGCUCAUCAAGAGUAGUUCAUACAAGCCGAACGUGCAUACAUACACUGUGAUGAUUGGAGGGUACUGUAAAGAGGGCAAGCUUGCUCGAGCUGAGAUGCUGCUGGGAAGGAUGGUUGAGCAGGAGUUGGCGCCAAACACAAACACAUACACUACGCUUAUUAGUGGGCACUGCAAAGGAGGCAGCUUUGAUCGUGCCUUUGAGCUGAUGAGUAAGAUGACUAGUGAAGGCUUCCUGCCCAACAUUUACACAUACAAUGCUGUCAUUGAUGGCCUCUGCAAGAAAGGUAAAAUUCAAGAGGCCUACAAGGUGCUCCGGAGGGCCACUAGUCAAGGGCUUGAGCUUGAUAAGGCUAUUGUAAAGUUGGCAAAUCAACAUCAGCUUUGAGGGUCUUUGAGAGAAUGGUUCAAAAUGGAUGCCUCGCUGAUUCUAUAACUUAUGGUGCUCUAAUAAGUGGGUUCUGCAAGGAAUCGAGGCUAGAGGAAGCUCGGUCAUUAUACGAGGGCAUGC